GAGGAAGAUGAAGACAUCAGCACGCCCUACAGCCAUUACAAAUGUCUCAGUCCGAAAGUGCGAACUGGCAAGCUGCUGCGACGUCAAUUCAGCCUGGAUCGAGCCGAAGAAGUGGCAAAAACGGCAGAAACCAGUCCGAGAUUGUGCAAGCAAAAUUCAGCUGGAGCGGCAGAUUUGGAGAAAAUCGAAGAAAUUCCCAUGAGGAUCCUUUCAAGCACACCGUCAAUAUCGUCUCAACUACACAGCGCUCUUUCUGCGUCCGCUGACUCGUUGAUUCGAUAGUUUUCCUUUAACUAGCCGGGAAUUUCCAGAAAAUCUCUUAACAAAGUUUCCGAAUUUUUAGCCACGUAUUGACAAACAAUAAUAAUGAUUUUUUUAGUAUCGAAGGGGUGGUUUUUGUUAGAUCAAGCCAGUUUGCAUUGAGAAAAUGCACAAGUUGGAAACGGCAGCAGGUGGAGGCUUGAGAUUUGCUAUUUGGGGAAACGGAUCCUUAUAGAGAAAGUGUGAACCUGUACAAACUGUGGCAGAUUUUUAAAUAUUUUUCAAACUUUCUAAAUACGCCGCUGUUCCCGAGAGGCAACAGCGGCUUUUUAACUUGCACUUGCAAAGGCUGGCUUAUAAAGGAAGUGCUCCCUAAUUACAAUCUCAGAAGCCCAAUAGAUUAAACCUCUUUAUCCUGCAGGAUUGCCAGUCCUUCAAUGGAAAAUUACUACUUCGACCCAGCCCUUUCUCUUAUCCAAACUGAGCAAACGGCUCAAUUGAGGCAUUUGCCAAAAACCACCCUAUUUAAGUGUCCUGUAGUUCUUCUGAACCACAAUUCCCCCUGUAAUUGAAAAGCAAUGUUAAUGACUAUGUGUCCUUUAAAAAAGACUAGAAUUUUACACGUUUUGUUCUAAGUUUUUGUCUGUGUUGUAGGCGUUCUUCGAUGAGUGGCACUCUUUUUUCCAUGUAAAUAUCGAACCAGUUUACUUGCGGCUUCUUAGAUAUGAUUGGCGAAACUCUAGCGUCCUAAAGUCCACUUAAACCCCAAUUUUCCGUAGACAAUCCCCCCCUCUCACAGUCCAGAAGGCAGACUCUGAAGUUAAAUCGAUGUUGAUAGUUUUAAGGUCUAUACUUGUUACUGCUGAUGGUUUAAUAAAAAUUUAUAAAUGUUUUUCUAAUAAAUAGCAUUGUAAAUAAACGAAAACAGGUU